GAGAUGCUCUGCAUGGAGAGUGAUGCUGUUGCCAGGGAACAGCAACCACAUAGAGGACCACUGAAAACAGCAGGUUUCAUCUAAUGGAGUAAAGGGACACAGAGACUGGUGUGAAAAGCUGCCUCCCCAGAAAUGAUGUGGAUACAAGACUGGAACUGAAUUAGAGGAGCUGAGAGGCACUGCUGUCGUCUCGCUCUUCACGGCCAGUCUUUCUCCAACAAAGGUGGCCAGAGGCAGAGGAGACGAGGAGGAGGAGGAGGAGGGGGGUCCAUCACAGACAGAGGUGCCCCCUGUCUCCAGACACCUGCUGCUGGCGAGCGGCUGACAUCGAGGACACUGUACGACUGUGUCUGUGCACGAGUGUGUGUGUAUGCAUUUGAAUUAGCCAAACACUGAGAGCAGGGCGAGGGGGAGAUUGCAACCCGACCGAUGCUUCCCCGCAGGCGUGAGGGGAUCAGGACUUUCUUCCCUCGCAUCUUUGCAUCUGUGACCCAGCAGGAGGAGGAGGGAGGACGCACAAGCACAGACCACAGAGAGGGUUUCGAGGGGAUCUUGCACCGCUCAUGCCCCGGCUCUCCUCUCUGAGGGAUGGGCACCACAGAGGCGACUCUACGCAUGGAGAACAUGGAAGUGAAAGACGAGUGGCAGGAUGAAGACUUCCCCAGACCACUACCAGAGUACGGAGACAUGGAUCCCUCCUGUGGUCUCACAGACAACAGAGGCUCUCCCCCUAACUCCCUGAACGUGAGCCCACCUGGAGGAGGAGAUGGCGGUGUGUCCUCAUCCCACCGUAAACGCCGCACGUUGCUCGCCCCGGAGAUGAACCUGUCCCUGGAUCACAGUGAGGGUUCUCUGCUGUCAGAUGACUUCCUGGACACACCGGACGAUCUGGACAUCAACGUUGAUGACAUCGAUACACCAGAUGAGACGGACUCUCUGGAGUUCAUCACCAAUGGCAACGAGUUGGAGUGGGAAGACGACACUCCGGUGGCCUCGGCCAAAGCAGGUCCCGCUAAUGGCUCAGGAGAAAUGGACGAAGAGGGGAACACCAACAAUGGACGCCUCUGGAGAACUGUAAUCAUCGGAGAACAGGAGCAUCGUAUUGACAUGCAGGUCAUCAGACCUUACGUACGGGUCAUCACACACGGAGGAUAUUAUGGAGAGGGACUCAAUGCCAUCAUUGUGUUCUCCGCCUGUUACCUGCCUGACAGCAGCUGUCCGGAUUAUCACUACAUCAUGGAAAACCUCUUCCUCUACAUGGUGAGCAGUCUGGAGAUGCUCGUGGCUGAAGAUUAUCUGAUCAUUUACAUGAACGGAGCCACGCCUCGCAGUAAGAUGCCUGGGAUCAGCUGGCUCAAGAAAUGUUACCAGAUGAUUGACAGAAGAUUGAGGAAGAACCUGAAGUCUCUGGUCAUCGCUCAUCCCACGUGGUUCAUACGCACAGUCCUGGCUAUUUCUAGGCCUUUUAUCAGUGUGAAGUUCAUGAAUAAGAUCCAAUAUGUCCACAGUCUGGAUGAACUGGCCGAGAUCGUCCCCAUGGAGCACGUCCACGUCCCCGAGUGUGUGGUGCAAUUUGAUGAGGAGAGGAUUAAAGUCAGGAGGGAAAGGAUGGAGCAGGAGCAGAGGCAGCAGGAGCAGCAACAGUCAGUCCCUCAGGAGUCAAUGAAAAAGUCUUCAAGGCCAAAGUCGAUGAUAGUAGAUCAAUAGUUGUGAGAAGGACAGAACUCUGCAGGAUGUGACUUAAGUGUUGAGCAUGAAACCUUUGAUUAAGAAGCAGUUUCCUUAUUCUAUCAACAUCCAGCUGAACAUUUGUUCCAUCGUCCUCCAGUCCAAACUUUGAGCGCUCCAUCUCUCCUCCCUCUGUCUGGAACCCUGGAACCAUCUUGUUCUUUCUCUGUGAGAGGUGUAGAUAUCACUGAGGAAGAUGCUGCUCCACUGAGCUUCACUACUUUGCAAGAACUGUUUCUUGAUGAAAACUGAGUUCAUCAGUUCAUUACCCUGCUGUGUGGUCACCCAUAUUGAAAUGUUGCAUCAUCCUGAGGCUCUUUAAGGCCGGAACAAGGACAUGAAAACACUCUACAAUAACUUAAGCAGUAAAAAGUUGUUGUUUUUUUAUUCCGCAGCUUGUUAAUAGGAGUAAAUUCACUGCAUUACCUAAACAAUGCAGAUGUUUGUCUAAAAUCAAAGUUGUUUUCAGAGUUCUCUGCAACAUUAUCAUUUGACAAGAGGGAGGUGUGACUUACACCUGAGAGGUUGAAACUGUGCUCGUGUCUGUGUGACAUCACCGCAUCACUGUGAUCGCACACAUUCAUACUGAUGCUGUUGUCUCAGUAUAAUGCAAAUAUAACAAUGAUGGUAUUCCAUUUGAUCAGAUGCCUUCAUGUUAUAUUUUUUGCCUCAUAGCUGCUGUAUAAAUCAAAUGCUCUCUUAAUGUAUCGACAUUUUGAAGUUGUUGAAAUGUACUAACAUCGCAGACAUAUAGGGAUCCUUUAAAGUUAUUCUUCCUGAUCCCACAGCUUCCUCUGUGCCCUUCCAUCUGUCGUGUGACCUCAUGUCAUGAUGUGCCUCAGUUCUCUGUGUGUUCAUAGAGGAAGCAGAGUUUCCAUCUGCUCAGAAAACCUAUAAGAAUCGUACGUGUUUUAAACUAUUUGCACACUGAUGAGUUAUAUCUGUCUAUUUUGUGUCAUAUGUUGCCACACAACAGAUUUCAUACAUAACACUGACGUGGUUUGGAUGUCAUUGUUUUGUGUCACAUAGCCUGCAUAUUCUGUGAAUGGAGAAGAGUUACCCACAAAAUAAUGAAGAAGACGAAUGUGUGAAAUCUCUGUAAGUGGCUGCAGUCAAGACAAAAUAGACAGAUGUUGCAUUUUAUGGUUCUAUCACAAAGUGUACAUUUUAGUUUCAUUCUUCCAGAUCGUUUGUUGUCAGCUCAGAUUGUGGAAACAUGUUAUCACCGUUGACAAUAUAGGAUAAUAUGCAGCCUCUAAAAGAAAAGUCAUAACUGAGGCAUUUUGAUGUUAAUACAGAGGGAUGCCAUUAAUGUAGCUUAUUCUUAUAUUCUUCUUAAAGCAAGUCUUAUUUUGACAUGUAUAUUUCUUUGUUUGCAUGUAUAAUCCACUACUGAAAGGACCUUUUCUGGGGAUUCCUUCUUUUUUUCUAAUUUUCAAUUUGUUCAGCAAUCAUCUUAUUGUAGCAGGAGGAGAAAGAGAUUUUAUUUUUGUAAAGAACUGCCUGUAUACUGUUGAUAUGUUUUGCACUGUAGGAUUUUGUUGUCUCAUAAUUUUUGAAGUAGAGACUGUGAUAGCUUUAUGUUUAGCUGUGUUUGUGUUGUUGUGAAGGAGCAUGACUGAUCAUGCAGUUGUGUAGCUGUUAGUUCAGCAUGGACAUGAUUAAGUGUCUUUAUUAAAAAAAAAUAGAACUCAUGAAAUGUCUGUUUCUAAACAGCCAUUUCAUUUGGAAUGCUCCUUUUGUUCUGUUGCCUUUCUGUUGUGGGAAUGUUCAAGAAAAGGUUCAACUUUUCUCUACGUUUCAGUCAUUUCUGGAUGUGAUGAUCACAGUAAACCAAACCUGAGCAGUUACAUCAAACAUAUAUCAACCCAGUACAGCAGCCAUAGCUUGUCAUAUAAGGAAGGUUGUUCUGUUUAUAUUCUUUUAGCUGAACUGAGUGCCUAUUUUUGAGCCAAAAGAAAACCAUAUUAAGUAGAGGAAUGUAAAGUGUAACCUUUUUAGAUAUUAGGAUUUACAGGUUAACUUUGUCAAGUUAAACCUGGUAUCAUUGGCAGAAUUUGCUGAUGUGACCUGCUGUUCUGAACAGAAAAGCACAAUGUCUAGAUUAUUAAAAAUUCUUUGCCUACCAUUUGUCUGCUGUGAAAUGUUUGCUCGGAUUUAAAUGGGAAGGAUGAUUCUCUCUAGGUUGCCAUGAUUGUUUCUUCCAUGUAAA